UCUCGUUCAAUCUGUCUACAGGUAUGUCUAUUUCUAGUGGUUCGUUUUUGGACUUCACGGAUACGACGUCUCUACUAGGUCAGACGGGUGGGUUCAACUUCGAAUCCCGCGACCGCGAUCUCCCAUUUACCGCCAAAGACGAGCCCGCCACCCUCCCCCGCGUCGAUAGCCUCAUCAUUAUCACGGAGAUCAGCCCAUGGUGCACCGUCGUGAAGAACUCCACGGGAGUCACCCUCAACGACGUCUGCACGACACUCUGGAGAGAGUACUCGGAAACGAUGGUGACGGAUGAAGAGCUCAGCAAGCUCCACGUCCGAAAUCAGGAUGCUAUCAAGCGGUACGCGGCCUCUGGAGGUGCGGCCAACAGCGGAUGGUCUGCGUACUACUCCGCACAACCCAACGCGCCUCAGCGAUUGCGCAGAGCAGACUGGCUCCGAGAAUUUGUUUACUUCAAGGACAUGUCUCGGAAAGACCACUACGCGAAGCAAAGGCUAGGCUAUGCGGCCUCGAAUAUCUUCGUGCUCAGUCUCUCCCAGUAUUAAGCCUCGUGGCGCAGGGCCUCGCCUCCGCAGCACCCCUGUACACACACACGUUCCCAUCUCCACGUUGUCGGGUUUCUCAGACAUCUUGUUUACAUCUUCAUUGUACGGAUAUCGCAUGUGUAAUAGUUUCUCGGUUCGCAACUUGUAACCUACUGGCGUUGUGGAUGGAAGGACUCAGUGAGAACAA